CCAAACCAAACAUGGGUGUCUUGUGCCAUUUUAAUCAUGGAACAUCCAUGCAUGGCCCUGGAAUUGGCCUAAAUAUGACUUGUGAAGUUAAUGAUUAGCCAGUGCUUGUCUGUUCCACAGGGCUAUAAGCAGCUCACCUGCAGAGGAGCGUACAGAAAACAUGUUCUCUUUGCUCCUUGGGGCUGGGCUGGUGGUUCUGAGUCUAGUGUCUUCUGCUAGGAGCCAGAAGAUGGAGCCCCUAAGAGGCUCUGGGGACCAACCACUCUUCCAUGGAGCUGAUCGCCAUGAUUUUGCCAUCAUGGUCCGUCCAGGAGACACCGAAUGCUUCUGGCAAUUUGCCUACCAAACCGGAUUCUUCUACUUCAGCUAUGAGGUUCAGCGGAUACUGGGGAUGUCACAUGACCGCCAUGUUGCUGCCACCGCAUAUAAUCCACAGGGAUUCCUCAUUGACACUUCCCAGGAUGUUCGGGGCCAGAUUAACUUUGCUGCACAAGAGACAGGUUUCUACCAGCUUUGUCUGAAAAAUAAGCAGAAUCGCUUCAGCACUGUACAAGUGUACCUCAACUUUGGAGUCUUCUAUGAGGGGCCUGAGAUGGACCACAAAGAGAAGCAAAGGAGACAAAUGAAUGACACUCUGGAUGCAAUUGAGGAGAGCACAAGGAAGGUACAGAACAAUGUGUUCCACAUGUGGCGCUUUUACAACUUCGCCAGGAUGAGGAAAGUGGCUGACUUUUUCCUCCUCCAGUCCAACUACAGCUAUGUGAACUGGUGGUCCACGGCUCAGAGCCUUGUUAUUGUUCUUUCUGGGAUCCUGCAGCUGUAUUUCCUGAAGCGUCUAUUCAAUGUUCCAAACACCACUGACACCAAGAAACCAAGAUGCUGAGCUGACAAUCGACUUUGUCAAAGCUUUGCCCAAACCAGCUUUGUUACCUGGAGAAAAAUCAACUUAAAAGCUUUUGUCUAUUGUGCUCAUCAAUAAAGGCAGAAUGGUAAUACCAAAAAUAUAAGAAUUUCUGAGGCUGGUUAUUCUAAAAUAUGUAUUAAAUGCAGGGACUAAGUGGGUUUUAUGAGGCAGUGUCUCAAAACAAAUUAGAAAACCCUGAAAGAAGAGUUGAAAAUAGGGACAAAGUAAAAUUUUGGUAGAGUUCCUUUAAAAAAUUGUGUGCAUGCGGAAGCCAGAGGACAACUUACAGGACUCAGUUCCCUCCUCGUGUAGUUUGGAUGCCAGAGAUUUAAACUUGUCAUCAAGCUUGGCAGUAAGUAUCCUUACCCACUGAGCCAUCUCUCCCCAGUGCGAGUGCCCUUUUGUAGUUCAAAGUAUUUUACUUUUAGAGAUGCCCUCUUUGGAAGCUGUCACUUGAAAGGCUAAAGUGGGGGAUCACCUCAAGCUAGAAACCAGCCUGGGCUACAUAAGUGUUUCAGGUUAGCUUAGGUAUAGUGUGAUACCCUGUCUCAAAAAAAAAAAAGCAAAACAAGAUGUCAUCUUUGGAACUAAAAUAACCAAUAGUAUUUUAAGAUAUCGUUCUGUUUAAAUCAGGCAGUUUUCAUCAAAAUGUGUGGCUGUGAAGCAUCUUUAUAAAGAAUGUUUUAGGCCAGGGAUGGUGGCACAUACCUCUAAUCCCAACAGAGGCAGAGGCAGGGGGAUCUCUAUGAAAUCAAGGUCAGCCUGGUCUACGGAGGGAGUUUCAGGCCAGCUAGAGCUACAAGGAGACCCUAUCUCAUAAAAAAGACCAAAAAAAUUAGUAAUUCUAAAAAUAAUUUUGAGAUAUGGGAAGGAUGAAUGAGUUAAAUUGAGACAGAGUUUUGCUAUGUAGUCCAGACUGUUGUUGAGCUCAGAAUCUUCCUAGCCUGUGCUACCAUAGCUGGCUGUAAGAAAGCUAAAUUAUUUCAGGGCCUAUGGUUAGUACUUUUUGCCUAGUCCAGUCAAAUAAAUAAAGGCCUAUGAAACAAAUGUUUUAUGAAAUCAAAGUGAUGAAAAAACAUUUUUUUCAUGGGUAACCAAGAUAGCUCAGUGGGUAGAAUCACUUGCCAUGCAGGCUUAAUGACUUCCGUUCAACUCCUGGAACCCACUGUGAAAACCGACUUCCUAAAGUUGUCUUCUGACCUCCACCUGCACAUGAACUGCGGCACAUAUAUCAAACACAUACAAAAAAAGGAAAUUAAAAAAUUUCAGCCUAGGACCAAUCCAUCCAAGGGGAAAAAAACCCAUAGUCAAAUUACACUCUUCAGACUGUUUAAUAACAAAAAUAUGUAACACAACAAUAUUUCAGUGUGGGCUAGAGAUGGCUCAGCAAUUAAGAACACUUCCUGCUCUUCCAGAAGACCUGAUUUCAGCUCCCAGAACUAACAUCUGGAAGCUCACAACUCCCUGUAACUCCAACUGAAAGGAAUCCAACACCUUCCUGGCCUCAGUGUGCACACAAACUAAAUUUUUAAAUAUUUUCAGGGCUGGGCAUGGAGGCACACACUUUUAAUCUCAGCGCUUGGGAGGCAGACACUGGUGGAUCUCUGUGAGCUGAGGCCAGUAUGGUCUACAUAGUGAAUUCCAGGCCAGCUGGGGCUACAGGAGACCUUGUCUCAAAAAACAAAUUUUUUGAUUAGCAUUUAUCUAACACUUAUUGUUAGACACUGUGCUAGAUGCUUCAUAAUCUUAACUUCUA